UUCCUGCCUUGCCGAGCUGUACCUACCCCUCCGAAUUACGGGGUCUCCCCAGGGCAGUGGUUACCUCGGGGAAGCUUCACUUGUGUAACCUUUUCCCCCAAUUUUUUUCUAUUUACAGCGCUGAGUCAACCGUAAUAUCUUUGUUAUUUGGUCAAUUGGGGGUUUCUAUUCCUUUUUUCAUCUUAUACAAUGCCGACUAGACCGCGAAUAAAACCAAUUGUUCGCAUUUUAUCGUCGCCAAUUCCACGACAGCUACGAACCCCGCUCGGCGCAAGCUCACACUUGAGCUCCGGUUCGUACACGUGCCGAAUUGGCCCUUUUCCCACGAGUCGCACGUUUUCUUCCGAGCCGUCGAGCGAACAAGCACUGCCGGCUCCGUCGGGCCGUUGGUAUGCGGACCUAAGGGCGCGAUUGGGAAAAUGUAUUAUGUUCGGAUGCAGUCAGGAACAGGCGCGACGUGCUGCGGGCGUGCUACAGGUUCUUGGGACGGAAUGGCGCGAACUGACUGCUGGUUCUGAGGGGUUCUUGACAGGCAGGCGCAGGGGACUUGAGAACCAGCAGGUGGUUUGGGGUGAGAUGGAUAGCUUCAGCCACAUCAAUAAUACGCACUACCUCCGAUACGCAGAGUCGGCACGCGUGAAUUGGACGAUACAUUUCGCGAGCGUGGACCCGAGUCACAGCACACAAUGGAGGGAACUCAUGAAACCUACGGGGAUUGGGUUGAUUUUGAAGGCUAUUAAGGCCGAGUACAAACUCCCUAUGACAUACCCAGAUACCUUCUCCGCCUACCACAAGCUACGCACCCAACCCUCGGCCUCCGAUCCGGCCCUUAUACUCGAUUGCAUAAUACUAUCGCACCGACAUCGACGAGUUGCCGCGCGUACCGAGGAAGAUAUCGUCAUAUACAAUUACCGCGCUGGCCACAAGACGGCUAUACCGACAUUCGCGCUCGAGGUGUUCCGCGAUGUGUGGCGACAGCAGGAGGAUGUAGCUAAGAAGGCGAGGGCGCAUAUAUGGCAGCUUGUGAAAGAGGUCGAGGCGCUUGAGAAGGAUACUUGGAAUCGUGAGGAUGCGGUCGAGGAUUUGGGGAGUGGGAAGAAGGGAUGAUGCUUCGGGUAAAGGAUGUAUAGGGGUAUAUGGUUUGUCAACUUCCAAAAUCUCAUUCGCCUCUAAGUUCGUGGCGAAAGCGGCUCUAGACUCUUUGAACAACUUCCACUCCCCGUAUCGCUUUCAUUUAUUAUAGAGCGUUGGGGCCUAUCCAUAGCAGACAAAUCCAGAAAUAUUAUUAUCGAUCAGCUG